UGGUGGGCCGGGGGCACCCCGGGGAGGAGCCGCGCCGAGCCCGCGGCCCCCCGCAGCGCGUCACGCGGGAGCGGGAGCAAGAGGUGCCAGGCGGGCGCUCGCCCCGGAGCCGCGCGGAGGAGACGUGGGAAGGCUGCGCUGCGCUGCAUCACAUUACCCGGGCGGGAGGGCUCCGAGCUUCUAAGUACGGGCAGUCCUUGGAUUUACGACACAGUACGUUCUUGAAAACCGCGUCUUAAGUUGAAACGUUGUAACUCGGAACCAAUUUUUUCAUAAGAAACAAUGUUAUAAAUGGGGGAUUGGUUCCUGUACCAAGGCCCGAUACCCUAUUUUCACCAAAAAUACCCCAGAAUUUUGUACUCGAUAUAUUACUCAUCUAUAAUUGAGCUACAUUAAUGUAUUGUAAAAAGCAGUCACAUUGAUUUGGAAGGACUUCUUUGAGGUGACUUUGCUGGACUUUUUGAAAGGCUCUCAUUUGGACUUUUUGAAGGGUUUUUGGAUGGAGUCUUUUCAGGAGUCUUGCCUGCAGGUUUUUCUGAAGUCUUGUCUGCUUUGUUAAAGGAAGUGUCCAAGGAAGUUUGGACAGAUGUUCUCCAGGGAGAUGAGCGACACAGUGAACUUGUUCAUUGGCGCGGCGUUGCAUCAGAUCAAGCAUUAAAAAAAAAUAAAGGUGGUGCAGAGCAGAGUGGAAUUGCUUAUAACUUAUAUUAGGAGGAAGAAAGGUCUGGAAAAAGAAAUCAUGGCUUCGGAUGCAAGUCACAUGCUGGAAGCGGCCCUUGAGCAGAUGGAUGGCAUUAUUGCAGGUACUAGGGCAGCUGCAGAGUACACAAAUGGUAUCUAUGACAUUAUGUCACCCGCUCCAUCAGUAUAUUUGGGAACAUUCCAAAUUCUGCAUCUCCUAGAAGACCUGAAGAUGGCACUAGAAAUGUUAGAGGACCCUCAAGAGAAAGAAUUAUUAAGGAAUCAGAUACCAGGGGCCACAGCAGCAUGCAUACGGGAAUGGCUGGAAGAUAAUUUGUCUCAGGUGAAUCAUCAUUCUUCAGCUAAUAAUGAAACCUAUCAAGAACGAUUGGCACGAUUAGAAGGUGAUAAAGAAUCCCUCAUAUUGCAGGUGAGUGUCCUCACAGACCAGGUGGAAGCUCAAGGAGAGAAAAUUCGGGACCUAGAAGUCUGUCUUGAGGGACAUCAGCUGAAACUUAAUGCUACUGAAGAAAUGCUUCAACAGGAGCUGCUAAGCCGGACAUCGCUAGAGACUCAGAAACUAGAUCUAAUGGGAGAAGUUUCGGACCUGAAGAUAAAGCUGGUUGGUAUGGAGAAGGAACAGAUUGAAUAUGAAGAGAAGCAGAACAAAGCUGAGAGCCUGCUACAGGAACUCAAACAUCUCAAAGGAAAAGUGGAAGAGCUGGAAAAUGAAAGAACCCAAUAUGAAUGGAAAUUAAAAGCGACCAAAGCUGAAAUUGCCCAGCUUCAAGAGCAGCUGGCUCUCAAAGAUGCGGAAAUUGAACGUUUACAGAGUCAGCUCGCUAGGACGUCAGCACACAAUGAGAUUGCAGAAAGAGAGGAAGUUUAUAGGAGAAGGCUAAAAGAGAAACAUCAAGAAGUCCAACGACUGAAGAUAGGAAUGGAAUCGUUACUGGUGGCAAAUGAAGAAAAGGACCGUCGAAUAGAGGAGUUAACAGUGUUGCUUAGCCAGUACAGAAGGGUGAAGGAGAUAAUGAUAGCAGUCCAUGGCUCGUCAGACAGAGUUCUGUCUGGUGGUAAUGAAGAGGAACUUGAAACAAGCUUGAGGAAGUGGAAUCCUGUGACUAAACCCCAAGGAGAACUACUUAAAACAGAGGUACCUCCGACAGACGUGUCAUCAACUCUGGUGUCGCCAGUAACAAAAAAAGCUUUGGAAAUCAGUGGAAGUAUUCCAGUUCCUUCAAAUAACCUAAUUUCUCCACAUGAGGAAUCUUCAGAAAUCAGAAGUAGGGUUCCACAGAAAAAACUGUCAAGUAGUCUAGAGGACUUGCAGAGUGAAUCCCUGGAAAAGCAUGUAGACGGCAAGCCAGUAGACCCUGGUGUAGAACAAGAGAAUAAGCCACAUGUGAAAAGUAGCAAAUAUCAGACCUUACCUGGGAAGCUGUUUCGACCCACACCUAAUGGAGAUCAUGGAGUUUACAAUACAUCCACUUCCCCAAAUGUACUUGGAACGAACGAUAAUGAGGAUAGCAGCACAAUGAGCCUGAGAGAAAUGGAGAAUGAAGAUGGUACAAUAGCUUCAGACGAUCUUUCACCCCUCUGUUCUGGAACAGACACAGGUCCACAGUCUUCAUUAUCUCCAGACUGUAAAAGGAACCCAAAAGGCAUCAAGAAAAUCUGGGGAAAAAUAAGAAGAACUCAGUCGGGUAACUUCCCUGCAGAUGAUCUGGGCUUGGCUGAGUUCCGUAGAGGAGGUCUCCGUGCGACAGCUGGACCUCGACUAUCAAGAUCAAAAGAAACAAAGGGGCAGAAGAGUGACACCAAUGCACCCUUUGCCCAAUGGAGUACUGAAAGGGUUUGCAACUGGCUUGAGGACUUUGGUCUUGGUCAAUAUGUUAUUUUUGCCCGGCAGUGGGUGAGCUCUGGCCACACACUUUUAACGGCAACACCUCAGGACAUGGAAAAGGAACUAGGAAUAAAGCAUCCUCUGCACAGGAAGAAAUUGGUUUUGGCCAUAAAAUCAAUAAAUUCAAAACAAGAUGAUAAGUCUGCUCAGCUGGAUCAUAUUUGGGUGACACGAUGGCUUGAUGAUAUUGGCUUACCUCAGUACAAAGAUCAGUUUCAUGAAUCCAGAGUGGAUGGGAGAAUGCUUCAGUACUUAACUGUGAAUGACCUUCUCUUUCUGAAAGUCACCAGCCAGCUGCAUCAUCUCAGUAUUAAAUGUGCCAUUCAUGUGCUGCAUGUCAACAAUUUCAAUCCCCACUGCCUACGUAGGAGGCCAGUCAAUGAGAACAUUUCACCUUCAGAAGUAGUUCAGUGGUCCAAUCACAGAGUGAUGGAAUGGCUCAGAUCAGUAGAUCUGGCAGAAUAUGCGCCAAAUCUUCGGGGGAGUGGGGUUCACGGUGGUCUCAUUAUUCUUGAACCUCGCUUCAAUGGCGACACAUUGGCAAUGCUGCUUAACAUUCCACCUCAAAAGACCCUUCUGAGACGCCACUUAACCACUAACUUUAAUGUGCUGAUUGGGCCAGAGGCACAACAAGAAAAAAGGGAAAUAAUGGAAGCCACUGCUUACACGCCUCUCACUACAACUGCUAAAGUUCGGCCAAAGAAACUUGGAUUUUCACAUUUUGGAAACCUAAGAAAAAAGAAAUUUGAUGAAUCUACAGAUUACAUUUGUCCUAUGGAUACAAGUCCAGGUGCAACUAAUGGUACUCAGAAGAGCUAUGGUGGAUACAAAGGACUUAGUCCACUUUCCUCUGAUAAGGAAUUGGACAAACUGGAUCAGGUGGGACAAACAGAGUGAUGUCAUACUCAUCCCUCAUUCUCCUCAUGCAUUCCAAAGCUUGCAAAUAACUUUGUUACCAUAUAACAAAAUAUGUGCUGCAUCCGCAUGACCUCAUUGAGAACAUAUGGGCUAUGGACAUUUUGAAGAGUUUUAUACUGAAAAUGUCACAUUAUCUUUCUAAGUGUAAACCUACCCAUCCAUCUGUAAAUCCUUUUUUCAGAAACACAAAACCUUUACACUUUGAAGAUCAAUGUAUUUUGACUGUACAGUUGAGGGUCAUGGUAAAAACAUUUGGUGUUUUUACUUUUAAUUUUCAUAAUCGAUAAAAUACUGCACAGGUAACUCCUUUUUAUCUUUGUAAGUGGUUUAUGAUGUAAUAAAUUUAUUCAGACUACUUUGUACAGAGCUAUCAGGAGACUUUGUUCUCAAAAACUGGACUGUAUUUUUAAUAGACUUGUUAGUAGAAGAGAGCAGCAGUUUCACUCUUCAUGCAUACAUACAUGUAUGAAUUAAUUAUGCUUAAGCAGUAUAUGUAAAAGAUGCACCACUAAUGAACACUAUUAUCAUUGAAAUAAUAAAAUAAUACUUGAAUAAGUCUA